AUGCUGACAAAUGAGUUUAAUGAAUUUAGUGAAAAUAUAGAAAUAAAUUUUAAAUUUGAGUCAAAUUUAAAUUCAAUUUAUAAUUUAUGGAAAAUUACAAAUUUAAAUCAAGAUUUAUUAAAUUGCAAAAACUCUUGUAAUAAAAGAUUGAAUAAUAGAUCUUGGAGACUACUAAAUAAAAAGUUGAUUCAAAAAAAUGAAAAUUAUUUACAAGAUUUAAGUAAAGAGUCCCUCAGUAAUCUUAAACCCAAUAAAAAUCAAUUUUUGUCAAAUUCAAAUUCUUACAAUAAUUCAAAUCGUCCUCUGUUAUUUCUGAAUAACUCAAAGUCAACGUUAUUUAGUCAUAAUUCAAAGUUAAGUUUAAAUGGUAAUCAGAUAAAUCAAGAUAUUACUCCAAUUUCUUCUUCAAAUAUGAAAAAUCUUCAUAAUAAUAAUUUACAAUCUUAUGAUUCGGAUACUUCUGAUAUUUCAGAAGAUGACGAGGAAUUUGUUUCUUCGGAUGAUGAUGAUGAACAAGAACAGGUUCCGGUUCCCAAACCUCAACUUAAUCGUUCCAGAACUUCUUUUGUAAGAGGGUUCCUGCCAAAUCAAAUCUCUUCCAGUAAAAAUAUUUUUUACAUUACUCCUUCUCCAAAAAAUGACGGCUCUCAAUCUGAUAAUUAUACUAAACAUGAUGGCUCUCAAUCGGAAAAUUAUAAAGAUGAUGGCUCUCCAUUGGAAAAUUAUAAAGAUGAUGGCUCUCAAUCGGAAAAUUAUAAAGAUGAUGGCUCUCAAUCGGAAAAUUAUAAAGAUGAUGGCUCUCCAUCGGAAAAUUAUAAAAACGAUGGCUCUCAAUCGGAAAACUAUACCAAACAUGAUGGCUCUCAAUUGGAAAACUAUACCAAACAUGAUGGCUCUCAAUCGGAAAAUUAUAAACCUAAUGAUACCAAAAAUCAACUUCAAGAAACUAAACCCCCCAUACAAAGACAACCUUCUUUAUUCAAUAACAAAAUCUCCUACAAUCAAGGCGAUACCAGCUUAUCGUCAACCGAUAUCUCGGAAGACGAGUCAGAAGACGAAUUCAGACCGCCCCCAACCAUCCCUUCGCAAAAUAACUCGCUACAAACUUACCAAAAUUCAACUAAAUCAAAUGAAUCAGAAUGGUUAUCGGUCUCGUCGGAGAGUGACCACUUAUCCCAUUCCCCAACCCCUUUAAAAUUCGAUAAAAAAAAAUCAAUCCAAAUCCCAAAUUCUUCCUUAUCCAAAAUACACUCGGGUGAAACCGAUAUCAUUAAACAGGACGAUUCUAAACCUCGAUCCUUACUUUCGGGUCUUUUCUUAAAUGAAUUGAAUGAUUCGUCUAAAAAACCUCUUUUGAAACGAUCCUCCACUACCGGAAUCAUCACCGUUGAUCAAGACCAUUCGGCAAUCGGGUGUGAUAAAAAUAAAAUUAAAAGACCUUCCAUCCUAUUUCAAAAAAAAUAUACUUCAAUGACUGAUAUCUCAAAAAAUUACCCCCAUUAUCAAACUAAUCUAUUAAGAACAAGUAUCUGGAAUGAUUUAUCAUCUCCUCCUAAACCGAAACCCUUCGUUGAUGAUGAGAACUCAAAUAACUUAUUCACCAAAAAUAAAUCAAUCGUCGGAGUAUCCGAUUUCAACGUCACUACUAAAUCAGAUCCGGCAAAUGAUAUCCCGUCUUCAAAUCAUGCUUUUAAAAAUAUCAUUUCAAAAUCUUCUCUCAGCUUAUCGAAUUUAUUUUACCAAUCGAAAAAAUAUCAUGGCAAACAUAAAUCAAAUAAACCAACUCCUGAAAUCAAAUCUUCCGAAACUUCCUUCAACUCUUUAGAUCAAUCACCUUCCUUAAAUAACAACUCGGUGAAAACUGGUUCCGAAACAAUAGACACUCCUUUGGAAACCGAUUCCUUCUCGAAAAAAUUAUCUCCUAAAUCAACAAGAAGAGAAAUGAUGUUAUCGGAAUUGAGUAAUUCUUUAAAAGAAUCAAUCUUGAUUGAUUAUAGAUUAGGUAAAGUCCCUUUACCAACCCACGUCAUCAAAGAUGAAGAAUUAUUGAAGAAUCAUAAAAAUAGAUUGGGCUUGGACCCAAAUGAAAAUGAUUCGGAUGAAAAUCAUGAUCUAGAUGACUAUCAUUCAAAAGGUUGGUGA